AUGGGAAUUACCAUGAUCAAAUCUCUCAGCUUCUUUGCCAUUCUUUUGAUGGUAAACUCCCUUUUAUUCAUUGAGACUACUGAAGCUCGUCCCUUCAACAUCAUGAAGUCAAGAAACUCUGCUGCUAGCAGAGCUAUUGGGAGUUUCUUUGAUGGGUUAUCACUUGGAGAAAUCAAACAAUCGGGCCCAAGUCCUGGCGUUGGACAUGGGUUUACCAACAGCGAGACACUUGGAGGAAAGAAGGCGGGUCCUAGCCCUUGCUGUGGAAACAAGCGUAGUGUUAUGGGACCAGAUUCAAUUCUACAAGGGGCCUGGACUAUGCUUGCGGGUCGGGUGCCGAUUGCAAAUCAAUUAAUUCAGCCCAAUACUAAGGUUUCUCAUGCUUCUUAUGCUUUCAAUCUACCUAACAUGGAAAUUACCAUGCUCAAAUCUCUCAGCUUCUUUGCCAUUCUUUUGAUGGUAAACUCCCUUUUAUUGAUUGACACUACUGAAGCUCGUCCCUUCAACAUCAUGAAGUCAAGAAACUCUGCCGCUAGCAGAGCUAUUGAGAGUUUCUUUGAUGGGUUAUCACUUGGAGAAAUCAAACAAUCAGGCCCAAGUCCUGGUGUUGGACAUGGGUUUACCAACAGUGAGACACUUGGAGGAAAGAAGGCGGGCCCUAGUCCUUGCUGUGGACACAAGUAG